UGAGGGAGGGGUAUACGUCUGGUUGGCGAAGCAACAGAUCCUAUGCCUUCCCUAUAAACAACCCCACAACCUCGCAUCUCAUCCGCUUCGAGGCUGGAGGAAGACAUCAUCGCAAACUGAUGGAAUAUUCCAACGCACGCGUCCUCAGCGUUAAUUCAUUCGGAUCGUUACAGAAGUCAACCUUCACGUUUUCGGAAACUUGUUAGAUUUUUUGGAUUGGUCAGAUGGAUUUUGAUUUUGUUAAUUUUCGAACAAGGAACAAUAAAAGGAAUGUUGAAGACGUUUUGUUUUCGCUUUGCAGUGGCUACAAUACAAAACUGAUGUAGAAUUCGAUUUUUUCUUAAUUCUAACAUUUUGUAGAUUCGAUGUGGGAUACAACAAUCCCAAUAUUCUGUUAUCUCUGUUACAGAAUAUAUCUGGAUAUACCUGUCUGAACUGAAUAUUUCACAUUAUUCGGCUACAACUUUUGAUUAUUUAAUUAUACAAUAUAAAUAAUGUAUAUUAGCAUAUUAAAUACAUACUCAGUCAGCUAAAGCCAUUUGCCUAUUCCAGAAUUUCAGAGAUGUUUUGAGAUUGCAAGUCGUUAGGAGAGUUAGCUCAUAUAACAGGUGGUUUUAUUAACGACCCCUCCGUAUGCCGCGUUGAAGCAGAGAUGCAACUGUCCUCCGGGCUACUGGACAAAUGAGUCGUGUCAUAACAAGGACUUACUUGAGGACGAACUCUAAACCGUCAUCGUGUGAUCUCCGAUCUUGAUUAGGGGGACCUCAUAACGGAUAAACAAGACCAACGGAAUACCGUAUCUCCAUCUAAACCUAUGAUCAGCUCGGUGUGUGUUUCGUCUUACCGAGGACGCAAGUCUGGCAACAAACCUCCAUCCAAGACAUGUUUGAAGGAGGAGAUGACCAGGGGGGAAGACUCGGAAAAAAUUGUCAUCAAUGUUGGUGGCACAAGACACGAAACCUACAAGAGCACACUUAGGACAUUGCCAGGCACACGCUUGGCCUGGUUAGCCGACCCGCCAGAGCCGGUCAACACCCCAGACAUAGACUCCUUCUCCGUAGGCGCCAUAUCUCCAAAUCCAACCCCAUUAACAAACGAGUUAUUUUUCGACAGGCACCCGGGCAUAUUCGCUUAUGUGUUGAACUAUUACAGAACCGGUAAGCUUCACUGCCCCGCCGAUGUCUGCGGGCCUCUUUUUGAGGAGGAGUUGGCGUUCUGGGGAAUAGAUGAGACCGACGUCGAGCCGUGUUGUUGGAUGACCUACCGCCAGCACCGUGACGCAGAGGAGGCACUGGACAUAUUCGAACCACCCGACCCAGAUGACUCGGACGAUGAAUUACCCAGGCGUUUCGGCAUCGAGGACUGCCCAGAGAGGUCGAGGGGUUGCUGUGAAGUUUGGCAACCAAAGAUAUGGGCUCUCUUUGAAGACCCGUAUUCAUCCAGGGCUGCUCGAGGCAUAGCGUUCGCCUCCCUCUUCUUCAUCCUGGUUUCCAUAACAACGUUCUGUCUUGAGACACAUGAGCACUUCAAUGACCUGAAGAACCGUACAGAAAACUACACCGUGGGGAACGUCACGAUAGAGAAAAUCUCGGAGGAGGUGGUGACCAAGCCUAUUCUGACCAUAGUGGAGGGGGUCUGCGUGGUCUGGUUCACCUUUGAGUUCUUCGUGCGUGUCGUUUGCUGUCCGAACAAGCUGCUGUUCGCCAAGAACAUGCUGAACGUCAUCGACUUCGUGGCCAUCCUUCCCUUCUACCUGGAGAUGGGUCUCAGCGGACUGUCCUCCAAAGCCGCCUCCGACAUACUGGGGUUCCUGCGUGUGGUCCGCUUCGUUCGGAUUCUCCGGAUCUUCAAGCUGACUCGGCACUUUGUGGGCCUGAGGGUCCUGGGCCACACCCUGAAGGCCAGCGUCAACGAGUUCUGCCUCCUCAUUGUCUUCCUGGCGUUGGGUGUCCUCAUCUUCGCCACCAUGAUCUACUACGCGGAGCGGAUCGGCGCCAAAGCGGAUGACCCCCGUGGCUCCAACCACACGGACUUCAAGAACAUCCCCAUAUCCUUCUGGUGGGCCGUGGUGACCAUGACGACCCUGGGUUACGGGGAUAUGUGCCCGAAGACUUGGCUGGGCAUGAUAGUGGGCUCGCUCUGUGCCCUGGCGGGGGUGCUCACCAUCGCCAUGCCCGUGCCCGUCAUCGUCAACAACUUUGGCAUGUACUACUCUCUGGCCAUGGCCAAGCAGAAGCUGCCCAAGAAGAAGCGGGCGCACAACCCGAACCCAGAUGCUCCCACCACGGACACGGCUUGGUUUGGGAAGUCCAACACCAACUCUCCGACGGAGAGUGACACGUGUCCACUGGCCGCCGAGGAGACAACCAGGAAGCGUUCAGACUCCAAGCUGAAUGGCGACGCCAACGUGGCCCUGUCAUCGGAGGAGGGGUGCAGCCUGACCCAACCCCUGUCCCCCAGUGAGAAAUGGCCCCUACGGCAUGGCCACAGCCACGGGCGGGAACAAGCCCGGUCGUUCAGGGCGAACAAGACCACCAAGAAAGAGGCGACUUGUUUCCUCCUCACCUCAGGAGACUUCUCCUGCUCUGGGGGGGGGCACACCAUUCACACGGAGAGCUGUACGGACUUCCUGGCAGCCACUGGAAACUACGCUCAACCAGAAGUCACCACUCUGACCUGAAAAAGCUGAUUGGUCAAUGAAGGACAAGUGGGCGUGAACCAGGGCACAGCACUGAAGGACACAGGCGGGAGAUUCAGCUCCAGGUCCUUUCCUCCUUCUCUAACUGACAUGAUGUUCUGGAUCCUUCUAGACGUUCUGGAACGAGAAUCCUUUUCUUUCUGUAAACAGUUCCCAAACUCUGUGGUAGUAUCUGAAGCUUUAGGAGGUCUUGUUAUGUGGGUGUGAACUCAUCUGUUGGUUUCCAAGCAUUUUUGCAUGUAUUGUCUUGCAUGAUCUAGCACUAUAUCACGCUGAAGGAAAAUAACAUAAAUGAAUGUAAAUGUUGGGAGACAUCUUAAGUUGAAGAGUGAUCUGAAUAUCUGAAGGAAUAUUCUCUGUAGUGCUUAGGAGUUGCAAACAACCAACAAUAUUGCAAAAUUGCAUUAUCCAGAAAUUGCUACUAUCGAAUUUGCUACAAUUCUUUAAAACACUAGAAAGUUAGUCAUUUUGUCUGAAACUUAAAUUAAAUAUGACAUAUCUGUGCCGUUUUUAAAUUCAUGGCCAUCUUUAGAUUUAAUGUUUAAUAUUAUAUUCAAAUAAUAAUUUAUUUAUAACUGACAUUCAAAGAAAAAAAUAGUAAUGAAAAUGCCACUGUAGUAGUUGAAAUUCUAUAUUUUUUUUAUAUCAUACUGAAGAUGUUCAUGAACACAACCAGAUUAUACUGGGUCCAAUAGAACUCAGACAUCUUGUUAGAAGACCGUUAGAAUGUUAUGGUAACGUGACUCCUAAAGGGAGGCAGAGGUUGAAACACUACAAAAUAAAAGUACUCAGCUAUUAAUCAAUUCCCAUUAUCUGGUCAUUUAUCUCUGAAUUAUGAACUUAUGAACAACGCUGAGAACUUUUGCUUUGUAACUUUUUACACCUCUGAUGGCAGGAAGGGGUUUCUAAAAAGGUUUUUCUAGUGUUAAAAUAUGAUACAAUUCAUAAUCCGUUCAAUGUUGACGUCCUGAGCCAAAACAACAUUUGGCGUUUCUGAUUAAAUAAAAAAAAAGACUGCCUUUCAUCAGUGUAACAUGAUUGGUAACUAAAAUACAACCGAAAUGUGUAGCGCUAUUGUGUGAAGAAGCAUGACUACAACUUACAACCUAAAAUCCUUGUGUCAAGUUAUCUUACUCCCAAUAAAAAAAGAGCCCAAGACAGCUCCAGGUUUGUUUUUAUUAAAACAUAGCAGAAGGACAGGUUGGUCUCCAUCUGGCUUUGUGCCAACUGAGCUAUGUUUAAAAGGCAGCCUAGACAACCAGCGAGCACAAGCAGCUGUUUAACUCAGCUUUGAGAGACAACAGGCCAUAUUCAACCUAUAGCAUGUGACUAUAAAAGCUCACUCUGCCUUCCUCUCACAAACAGUGUCUUGAAUAUCCUUCCAUGACAAAUUUUAAUAAUGCAAGGAAAAUGUGUAUUUCUUUUUUUUUAUUCAAAGGAAUAGAGUCAAAGUAGCAGCAUUUGACUGUUAAAACCUCUGCUACGGUUCACAAAGUGUCUUCAAAUCCUUGUAAAAUAGUAAAAAAGAAACAGAGAUUAACUAAUGAAAAAAUUGCAAAUGCUGCACUUUGAGGCAAGAUGCAAGCAGACUGUAAUGCAGAAGGUAGCACGUGACUGAAGUAACUCACACUUGCUUGUCACGAAAGAUUAAGUGGUUUGGAAAACUUUGUAAGUAGAAAACAUAAGUGCUAUUGGCAGUGUUUCAUUAAUACAUUUGCUGGUUGAAGAGGGACCGAGUUGCGGGCGGCCAUAUUAGAAUGAAAAAGACUGUGUCAACACCAUUAGUGAAUGCACUGUUGAGAUCCAUAUAGCUACAUAUAACGUGAUGUCAUUUAACCGUUCCAAUUGUGCCUCUGUGAUGGAGCUUUUCGUGUAAUAGUAACGUAUACAUGGCUUAGAGUCGUUCCUAUAAACGCAUAUCUUUCUUCUUUCAGAUCUUGGCUACUUGAGUUUCCAGGUUGUUUGAUAAUCUAUGUAUGUUGCGGGGGGGGGGGGGGUAUUUAGCAAUAUUGCAUUCCCAAUGGCAGUCUCUUCCUUAUUAUCGGCCCUGUUAAAAGUAGUUGACAGUGUAAGGAGUAAGACACCACUUGGGAUGUAACCAAAGACUGUGUUAUUCUUUCAUGUGGUGACCUCAUGGGAAGUUUCCAGUAAAACGUUUUUUCGGGGGGUUGGUGGGGUCUCUGUUUCAUUAAUUCACUGUUGAUAGAGUUCCAGUGUGUUUAACAAGAUUACAGAACUUUUGAAACAGAAAUGCAGCCAUUUUGCAGCAGUAUGAACUUUCUGUUGUGUCUCUCCCUUGUGUACGUCUGCCCACGAGCUUAGCCACAUGAAAAUGACGUAACUUCACAAAUCUUUGUCCAAAAAGAAUAUAAAAAAAAUUGUGAAUUCUUCCUUUUUUUGCAUUUUUCUUUCAACCAUAGUUGCCUUAUGUUUAUUAUAAAGAACAUUUUAAUCUAAAUUCUCAACCCCAUUUAAACGUCUUUGACAUGAUAGUCUGUAUAUAAAAGCACAGUUGUAUGUAGCCACGGACGGUCUGGCUGUUUGGCAUUCAUUUUUGCGCAAAGGAUUGUUGUCUGGCUAAUAAUCAGACUGGAGUGUUAGUAAAGGGCCAGGGUAUCUAAAAUGCCAGGGCUGAAAUCCAGUCACAGUCUGCCCCUGUAUGUAGCACAGUCAUGUGACUUUUUACCCAAAUCCUGAAGAAUUAUCAUGUACAGAAUAUAUUAACUGCAGAGUUAAUAUAAAUAAAUGAAACUAUAUAAAGAUGAUUUUAUUUUGAUAAUUUAUCUCGUUCUGCCGACUUUGUACAGCUUCCUUUCCCACUUUUCCUGUUAUGUUUUAGCAGGGGUGAACAAAGACAGUACAAGGGCCUAUGUUGGGUUUCCCAAACCGAAUUAGAAGGAUUCCAGCAUAUCUGUGAGACCUGUUCUAAAUUUAUGGGUUCUCUCGCCUUGAAUGAAUAGAAGUUGAACAGCUGUUUUUGGAAACAAACGCUGUGAAACGGUCAGAUGCUUUGUGUUUAAAUCAAUACAGUUCAUAUCUUGUAGGCACGUGUGUCCAUGCAGGAAUACAAAUAAAAUCGAUUUACCUUACGAUAAAAGAUGCCCAUGUGUUCCACUCUCUUGGCUUUCCUUCAUCUGAUAGCUGUUUCUGUCCAUGUACUGUAUGUCCUCGUCCAGUAGCUUUUAUAUUUUCACCCUUUAAUGCUAAUGGCCCAUGUGACAAAGGAACAGUCUUAGGUUGCUGUGAUGAUCUGUUGUCAGUGCAUGUUUGUUCAGAUGAGGCAUCGGAAUCUGAACCCGUAAUGUAACAGCAGAAAGAUCCGGCGGAGGCAGGUUUAGCCAUAAUGUUGCUUUUCUGUUGUUAUGGUUAUAUAAAUGUUACCACGGGCCAAAAUUUGGCUAUGUGAAAAGUGGAAGGCUGUUAAUAUAAAUGUGUGUUAGAGGACCCCCCCCACUAUUUAAAUGAAUAAGGAUUUGUGUUGCCAAAACAGUAGUUGGGGUGUUUGGAGAGACUCAAUGACUCAAUUAUGUAUUUUAUAAAUACUUUUUUACACAAGCUGUUACAAAGUGCUUAUACUGAUACCUAGCCUAAAACCUCACAGAACCAGUAAUAACGUUACAGUGGCUAGAUAAUACUCAGAAGCCUGGGAAGAAACCUAGAGAGGGAACGGUCUCCAAUCUCUAUGGAGAUUUGGGAUGACACACUAAAAUGUAAUGAUUAAGGUCAGGCUUCUCUGUUGCUGUUCUUUGUUGGAGUUAGUGAAUGGAAAAAAAUGUGUAAAUAAAGUACAUAAUAUGAUUUUGUAGUUUGUCGUUAAAUUGUUACACUAAUAUACUAGUUGACAUUUACAUUAAAUCAUCAUAUUUAUUGCAUACAAACACAGUUUGCAACAUAGCCAUAACACUUGCCCACUUUAAAAUUCUCAAGCACCUCCUUUUCCCACUGGGCCUUCUGUUUACAAAAAAGGUUAAAAGGGUCAAGUUUGUUAAAAGUGUGAUUACAUUUUUUGCAAAGUUAUUCAAUGUUUAGUAUCUGUACAAUGUUUUCAGUGGUAUGCUGUAACAAUAGGGGAGCAAUUAUAAAAAAAGACAUUAAAAGUUGGACCAAUAUCAGAAAUUACAAUUCUGUGUAAAUUGUGGUGAAAUGCAUAAUAUCCAAUGACUAUACAGGAACAGAUGGAGGAGGAAACGUCAGGCUGUUUUCCGGAUGAAAGUUGACAUUCUCACUUAACAAAAUAAAAGUGGUUUCCAACUUGAA